AUCGACACUGCCUAUCGAUAUAACUAUCGGAAUUCGCAGCCGGAGUAAAUUUUGCUAGAAAAUAAAAAUUAAUCAAUUAAAAUGAACCGAGUGAAGACCACACAGUCCAAGACGGGAGAGAUUAUCGCGUACAGCGAGGGCGCCAUCCGGAACAACAUAUCCGCCGUGGAGUAUUGCCGGACAUCGAUGGCCGCCAUUUCGGGCUGCGCUGCUGGUAUUCUUGGACUGAGCGGAACCCUGGGCUUCCUGUUCUACUUCCUGUCCGUGUUCGUGCUCUGGAUCCUGGUGCUCCUCAAGUCGGGAACCCAGUGGCGCAAGUUCUUCAUCAACCGCAGAAAUCUGCUGACCAACCAGUUCAUGGGCGGCCUUUGCACCUACGUGCUCUUCUGGACAUUCCUCUACGGCAUGGUUCACGUGUACUAGCACUAGCCCAUUUGCAAAACACACAACACAUAUAUAGCGAAAUAAACAUAGGAUCUUUGGUUUAACACACAA